AUGUUACAGAGAAGGGUGAUUUCUUUUGGAGAACAAGUCCAACAAUUUGCAACUGUUCGCAGCCAUAUUUCAGAAUUAUUGGGUGCGAGUGCAGUCGCUAAUAUCUCCAAGUCUCUCUUCAUCAUCAGCGUCGGAAGCAAUGACAUAUUCGAACAUUUUGAUUAUAACUACACUAGUAACCCUAUUGUUAUUGGGCAAAACUACAUCGCCACUCUCAUCUCCACCUACGAAACUCAUCUAAGGAAUUUAUAUGAGCUAGGAGCCAGAAGAUUUGGGAUUAUUAGUGUUGGGGCAAUUGGGUGCUGUCCGUGUCAACGUAAUUCGAGUAGAUCUGGUGAUUGUUUCGAGGCCAUGAAUGUGGAUGCUCAGUUGUUCUACACUGCACUCCUACGUCUCUUGCAAAAGUUGAGUUCAGAGUGUGAGGGGUUGAUGUAUGCACUUGGAGAUUCAUACAAAAUGACAAAAUAUAUUAUCGACAACCCCGAUCAGUCUGGUAAUUAAUGAUG